GCCGCUCACUUUCAACCUUCCUCUUUUCCUCGCCCCUCCUUCGACACUUAGUGUGGUCCUUCACCUUCUCCAAUAGUGUGAGAGGCUGUGGAAUUUCCCAAUCUUAUUGGAUAGUGAUGGCGUCACUCCGAAGGGAGCAGCGAGGACCGCCCCUCUCGAACGGUGAUUGGGCUCUCAGGAGCCGAGCCGGGCUGGGAUUGGUGCGAGGAAGAGCGACAGCUGAGCAGAGGACCACAGAGGUUGUGUCCCCCGGGCCGCCGGCGGGGCUGCGCAGCUCCGUUGCCCACCGCACGCCCUCCGAAAGGGAAGGAGCCUGAGGACCUCUUACUUCAUCGCACAGGGGCGGUGGUGGCGCCUGUCGCGUGCCUGUAGCGAGAUCCGUUGGGAGGGGAAGCCAUAGAGGGCGUGAGAUGCAGGGGUCAAGGAGUUGCGAAGACUAGCUAAGGCGGCGCAUCCGGGAAGUUGGGUUUGGGGGACAGAGGAGGGGUGAGCGUGUCUGGUAUGGGAUGCCGUGGAAAGGAAGGGGACCACAGAUGCUGAGUAGAUCUGUGGGUGGUUCCUUGGAGGCGUCUUCUUUUUCCCAGUUGCCCUUUUGCUUACCAACAACAGCGUUCUCAUGCCGUCUACUCAAGUUCUGGAAACUUUGUCUUUGGGUGAGGUUAAUCAGCAACUGCGCUGCAGAACUGUCUAGGCCUUUUCUGGCAGUGGGCACAAGAGUGGGGGAAUGUCAGAAAACAAGAAGCCGCUUCUGGGCUUGAUGCAGAAACUCCCCAAUGGGUCUGCACCUGGGAACCCUGGUAAGACUCACUGCCCUCUGUGCAUGGGGCUUUUCAAAGCCCCCAGACUCUUGCCUUGUUUGCACACGGUUUGCACCACCUGUCUGGAGAAGCUGGAACCCUUCUCAGUAGUGGACAACCGAGGGGCAGACUCUGACACAAGUUCUGAAGGGUCAGUAUUCCAGGAACACAAGCCUGAGAGUCUGCAGCGGCAGAUCGGCAUCCUGUGUCCGGUAUGUGAUGCUCAGGUGGACCUGCCCAUGGGUGGAGUGAAGGCUUUAACCAUAGACCACCUGGCCUUGAAUGAUGUGAUGCUGGAGAGUCUGCGCGGGGAAGGCCAGGGCCUGGUGUGUGACCUGUGCAGCGACAGGGAAGUGGAGAAGAGGUGUCAGACCUGCAAAGCCAAUCUCUGCCACUUUUGCUGCCAGGCUCAUAGGCGGCAGAAGAAAACAACCUACCAUACCAUGGUGGACCUAAAAGAUCUGAAAGGCUACAGCCAGGUUGGAAAGCCCAUCUUGUGUCCUUCUCACCCUACAGAGGAGCUGAGCCUGUUCUGUGAGCUCUGUGACCGUCCGGUAUGCCGGGAUUGCGUGGUGGGGGAACACCGGGAGCACCCCUGUGACUUCACCAGCAACGUCAUUCACAAGUACGGCGACUUUGUGCGAGAGCUCCUCAGAGGUACCCAGCCCCACAUGGAGGCUCUGGAGGAAGCUCUGGCUCAGACUGAAGAGAUGAAUAGUGCCCUCCAGAUGCAAGUGGAGGCAGUGGCAGCAGAUAUCCGCACUUUCUCUGAGGGCUAUAUCAAGGCCGUCGAGGAGCAUCGGGACAAGCUGCUGAAGCAGUUGGAGGACAUACGGGUCCAGAAGGAAAACUCCCUGCAGCUGCAGAAAGCUCAGAUGGAACAACUGCUGGCAGACAUGCGGACUGGUGUAGAGUUCACUGAGCACUUGCUGACCAGUGGCUCAGACUUGGAGAUCCUCAUCACCAAGCAAGUGGUAGUAGAACGGCUCAGGAAGCUUAACAAAGUCGAGUAUAGCACCCGUCCUGGAGUAAACGAUAAAAUAUGCUUCUCUCCUCAAGAGAAAGCAGGCCAGUGCCAUGGCUAUGAAGUUUAUGGGACCAUUAAUACCAAAGAGGUUGAUCCAGCCAAAUGUGUCCUUCAAGGAGAAGAUCUCCACAGAGCGCGGGAGAAACAGACAGCCUCUUUCACCGUGUUCUGUAAGGAUGCUACGGGAGCAAGCAUGGGCAGGGGAGGAGACAACAUCCAUGUUGCAGUAGUCCGUAAAGAUAAGAAGGACAGUCCAGUCAGAACAGUGGUCCAGGAUAACAAGGAUGGGACAUACUGUGUUUCCUACACCCCAAAGGAGCCUGGGAUCUAUACCGUGUGGGUCUGCAUCAAAGAGCAGCAUGUGCAGGGCUCCCCAUUCACCGUGACCGUGAAGAGCAAGCACCGCCCACACCCAGGAGUAUUUCACUGCUGCACUUUCUGCUCCAGUGGAGGCCAGAAAAAUGUACGCUGUGCCUGUGGAAGCACCAUGCCAGGUGGGUACCUAGGCUGUGGCCAUGGGCACAAGGGCCACCCAGGUCGGCCCCACUGGUCUUGCUGUGGGAAGUUUACUGAGAAGUCUGAAUGCACAUGCACAGGUGGGCAGACCACACCGAGGAGUCUGCUAAGAACGGUGGCACUGUGAUGGUGUCCUGAGUAUGAGAUCAACCUGGUAAAGCUGCAGAUUUCCAGAGGACCCCAGAGCGUCAUUAAUUCUGAAGAGACUGGUAGAAUUAAAAACAAAGUGCCUUAUCUUA